AAUCGAUGUUUUUCUCCACCUCUACCCGCCAACACAUCAACAAAUCGGUCUCAAAAUCGGGAGAUAUACAUUAGCUGUUGGGUGCCACUAUACCGCUACACCGCCUACGUCAGCAGACCACGUUGCACGUCGCUUGGAUUCGCCAAAGUCCUCCCCUAGCCCGCUACUGCGCCUCCGCCUGGACAUAAAAUGGCCAUCAAACCUGGCUUGGGUCGCAAGACCAGCAACAAGAACCCACCGAUCCUGAGCCACGAGUUCGUCAUCCAGAAUCAUGCCGACAUCAUCUCCUGCGUGGCCAUGGUCUUCGUCGUCGGUCUGAUGAACGAAUCAACGGCGGCGUUCGCCAGCGCCUUCAUCUCGCUGCAUCAUAAUGUUAGCGGGGAGGAUCCUAGCCGGGAGCAGCCGUACGGCAAGGCCUUCACCUACAUUGCCGGCAUCAAGGACUACUGUGCGAUAUUCUUCUACACCCUGACCUGCAUCAUCAUGCAUGCGAUUAUCCAGGAAUUUGUCCUGGACAAGAUCAGCAAGAAGAUGCAUCUCUCCAAGUUCAAGCUGGCCCGCUUCAAUGAAUCUGGACAGUUGGUUGCCUUCUAUCUGAUGUCGUUCUUUUGGGGCGCUCACAUCCUGGUGAAGGAGGGCUACCUCGGCCAGGUGGCCCAGCUGUGGGAGGGCUUCCCCGACCAUCCGAUGAGCUUCCUGCACAAGUUCUACUUCAUCAUCCAGCUGUCGUACUACCUGCACAUGCUGCCGGAGCUCUACUUCCAGAAGAUCAAGACCAAGGAGGAGCAGCAGCCAAAGAUCAUCCAUUCGGUCAGUGGCUUCACUCUGAUCGUCCUGGCCUACAUCCUUAGUUUCCAGCGUCUGGCCCUCGUCCUCCUCACCCUGCACUACUUCAGUGAGCUGCUGUCGCACGUCUUCCAGCUGAUCGGUGUCUUUGAUCGCGAGGAGCGCCUGGCCAAGCUGCGUGUGGUUAACAACGGUGUCUUCUUCCUCAUCCGAUUUGCCACCUCGGUGAUUGGUGUGCUGACCCUCUACUAUGGCAUUGGUGGAGCACGCUCUCUGCUCGCCCUGGGCGGCCUGAUCGCCCUGCAGGGCUAUCUGGUGUUCUCGUUCAUAACCGAGCAGCUGAAGGCGAAGCGGGAGGCCAAGAAGGAGGCGAAACGAGAGGCCAAGCUGGCGCUGCAGACCAAGAAGCCGGCCAAGGCGAUCAAGGAGAAGGUGAAGCGCAAGAAGGAGAGCGAUCUGCCCGAGGCGGAUCAGUCCUCUGCCAGUCCCAUCAAGCAGAAGGUUAAAUGAGAAGCGUCCAAGCCUCUCCACCAACAGCAACAAAAAAGCAACAAAAUCUUCCGCACACUUCCAACCACCAACAACACCGAUCCGAAGAAAGAUAGUAACAAGAAGUGAGAGAGAGCGCAGCACCAGGACAGAAGGAUUAGCCCGCCAAGGACUAAACAAAAAAAAAAAACACUAAACAGAUAUAUAUAUUUAAUUGAAGAAGCAAGCACCCAAGCAACCAUCCAACUACUGCCGGACUAUCCGGAAAUCUUUGUAAAUCUCGUCUUAGCUCAAGAACUACCGGAAACUGGAUACUGGAAACUGGAUACAUUUCUGCUGCAUUUACUUCCUCGAGACCGAAACACACACCAGCCACUAAUUCCUAGCCUAAAUGUUUUGUUUCAUUUUUAAGUUUAUCUAAUUUUUUUUUAAACAAAUUUUUUUAUUUUUAUAAAAACAAAAAAUAUAUAUAAAUAUAUAUAUAUAUAACAAAAAAAAAAGAAAGAAAGAAAGAGAAAAGUAAGAAUAUUGUAAUGUGUGUGUGGUUCUUAAUUAUUAUUAUUUUUUUUUGUGUAUUGUUCUUCCUUGAAACUUCCUUGAAAAAUAAGCAAAUUGUUCAAAAUGCUUACAAAAAUAAUUUAACAAUUUCCAAUCGUCCUAUUUGCAUGUACAACUAUUUUUUAUAAAACAAAAAAACAAACAAAAAAAAAAAAGCAUAAAAAACAAAUCACACAAAAAAUGAGAAGAGAAAUAGUAGAAGAAAGAUACGAAGAACCAGAACAAGAUUGUAAUGAAGAAAGAAAGCAAAUCAUUUGCUGAAUAUAUAAAAAAAUAUAUAUAUUUUGUAUAAGAAAACUGAAA